AUGUCGGCACGGGGCGCAAGGCUGCGGCGCUUCGCCGACAAGCUCACGACCGAGUCGGAGCCGGGCCUCACAAACGCCCAAUUGAUGUUGACGAACCACGACCUCAAGCCGGUCGAGCCCGCCCGCCGCCAGUGGGGGCCCUGGAACUUUGUCGGCUUCUGGAUCGCCGACUCGUUCAACAUCAACACCUGGAUGAUCUCGGGCGCCAUGAUCGUCGACGGCCUGUCCUGGUGGCAGUCCUGGCUCUGCGUCUGGAUCGGCUACGCCAUCGCCGCCUGCUUCGUCGUCGCCACGGGCCGCCUCGGCGCCGUCUACCACGUCGGCUUCCCCGUCGCCGGGAGGGCCUCCUUCGGCAUCUGGGGCAGCCUGUGGCCCGUCUUCAACCGCGCCGUCAUGGCCUGCAUCUGGUACGGCGUCCAGAGCUACAUCGGCGGCCACUGCGUCUACAUCAUGAUCCGCUCCGUCUGGAAGAGCUGGGACCGCGACACCGUCCCCAACACCUUCUCCGCCGCCUCGGGCACCACCACCGCCGACUACGCCUCCUUCUUCAUCUUCUGGCUCUGCUCCCUGCCCGCCAUCUGGUUCCCCGUCCACAAGAUCCGCCACCUGUUCACCGUCAAGUCCUACUUCGUGCCCACCGCCGGCGUCGCCUUCUUCAUCUGGGCCAUCGUCCGCGCCGGCGGCGUCGGCCCCAUCGUCCACCAGGGCUCCAAGGCGCAGGGAUCCGCGCUCGCCUGGGCGUUUGUCAAAGGAGUGAUGUCAUCGAUUGGGAACUUCGCCGCUCUCAUUUUGAACAAUGCAGACUUCAGCCGCUUCGCGCAGAAGCCCCGCGACGCCCUGUGGCCGCAGCUCGCGGCCCUGCCCCUCGGCUUCGCCGUGACCUCCUUCAUCGGCAUCAUCGUCUCCUCCUCGUCGACCGUCAUCUACGGCGGCGAGCCCAUCUGGGACCCGCUCGCGCUGCUCGAGCGCUUCGUCGACGACGGCGGCUCGGCCCAGCGCUUCGGCGUCUUCGUCAUCGCCGCCGCCUUCGCCCUCGCCCAGCUCGGCACCAACAUCGCCGCCAACACCGUCUCCGCCGGCACCGACCUGACCGCCCUGCUGCCGCGCUACCUCAACAUCCGCCGCGGGGGCUACAUCUGCGCCGCCGUCGGCCUCGCCAUGUGCCCCUACACCCUCCUCACCAGCAGCAACCAGUUCACGACCUACCUGUCCGCCUACUCCGUCUUCCUCUCCUCCAUCGCGGGGCCCAUGGUCGCGGACUACUACCUCGUGCGCAGGGGCUACCUCGAAGUGCAAGAGCUGUACGACGCGCGCCGCGGGGGGCCCUACUUCUUCACCUACGGCUUCCACUGGCGCGCCUACGCGGCCUACGUGGCCGGCAUCCUGAUCAACGUCGUCGGCUUCGCGGGCGCCGUCGGCGCGGCCGACAUCCCCGCCGGGGCGACCUACAUCUACAACUGCAACUACUUUGCGGGCUUCCUCGUCAGCGCGCUCGUCUACUGGGCGCUGUGCCGCGCGUCGCCGGUCCCGGCCUGCGCGGACCGCUGGAUGGAGGUCGGCGACGAGAUCGACGACGUGCACGUCGCGUACGGCGCCGGCGGUUCGCCCGUCGAGGGGCACGGCGCGGGCAGGGCGUACAGCAACGGGUCGGACGAGGCGGCGCUGGCGGAGGGCGGGUAUGUGGCCAAGGGGGCGCCUGAGAAGGCGGUUUGA